AAAGGCCGGCGGCGCGGGGCGCGCAGUCCAGCCGACCCUGCCCUGCCCUGCCCUUCUUGGCCCGAGCCCGGCGCGGGCGGCGCGAUGUGAGACCCUCAGCACCGCACAGCACGUAGACGGAGCACCCACUGAAGGUGAGGACCAGCGUUCGGCUCAUCUCUGCAUCUUCGGUGCCAAGCACAGCCCCCUGUACACACGCUCCCCAGGUGGGGCUCCACGACAAGAUGGCGGCCAAGCAGCCCCCACCGCUGAUGAAGAAGCACAGCCAGACGGACCUGGUGAGCCGCCUCAAGACGCGCAAGGUGCUGGGCGUGGGCGGCGAGGACGACGACGGGGAAGUACACCGCUCCAAGAUCAGCCAGGUCCUGGGCAAUGAAAUUAAGUUUGCUGUUCGGGAGCCGCUGGGGCUCAGGGUCUGGCAGUUUGUCUCAGCUGUGCUGUUCUCUGGCAUCGCCAUCAUGGCCCUCGCCUUCCCUGACCAGCUCUACGAUGCUGUCUUUGAUGGAGCUGAGGUGACAAGCAAGACACCCAUCCGACUCUACGGUGGUGCCCUCCUCAGCAUCUCCCUGAUCAUGUGGAACGCCCUCUACACGGCCGAGAAGGUCAUCAUUCGUUGGACCCUGCUCACUGAAGCCUGCUACUUUGGGGUCCAGUUUUUGGUGGUCACUGCCACACUGGCCGAGACAGGCCUCAUGUCCCUGGGGAUCCUGCUGCUCCUGGCCAGCCGCCUCGUUUUUGUUGCCAUCAGCGUGUACUACUAUUACCAAGUCGGCCGGAAGCCCAAGAAAGUGUAGCCAACCAGUUGCAGGGCUGGUGGGGAGGAGGAGGCUGGCUGGGGAUGAGGGGGAGGCCUGCCCAGGCCUGAGACCUGGCUGGUUCUGGGGUUUCUGGGAGGCAGGAGGGCCCCUCCCUGGGCUGCCCCAGCUCCACUGCUGAUGGGAGGCCUGCACUGUCCCCUCCUCCCGGGUGCCCUGCUCUCCGGGCCUUUCUGGUUUGAGAUGCUGCCGUGAGGAAAUGCAGGCCUUUGCACCUGCUUCUCACCCUACUCCCGGGACACCUCUGCGUGGGACUCUCGCACCCAGAGCCUGGGAUCCAUGGACCGAGUCGGGGCCAGGAAGCUGCCUAUGUGUGAGGCUGGGGGCCACAGCCCGCUCCUUCUCCAGCGCCAACCCUCCCUUCCCCCACAGACCAGCCUGGCGCCCAAGCAGCUGAACUUGAUUUCUGUCUUCUGCCCGGGACCCCCUGAGACCUUGACCCUGGGCCCUCACCCCUCAUUUGGGGCCUUCUCCACCUCACCCCUUGUCCCCCUGCUCCUGAACACACGUACACACCUGGUCACGUAUACACACACUGGCCACGCACACAAAUGUACCCUUUCUCACUGCCCAGUACAGCUUGAUGGGCAGUGAUUGUAGGUGGAACUGGCACUUCCCUUUAAUAUCCAGUGGCCCCCGCUGCAGACUUGCUAUAGGGUAGUUCGUGUCCACCCCAGGGCCUGGGGAAUCCCCUCUUUAGCCUGCCUGGGCUAGGUCAGUCUACAGCCUCACGCAUAGGCCUCCGAAACAUGGACACAGGUACUGCCACAUGGAGGCCACGUGGGAGUGACAGGGGUUGGAGAUGGAGGAGCAAAGCCAAGCCGAGCUGUCCUCUUGGCCUGAUAUCCCUGGCCCAGCACCUCCCCCUAAUCGGGUGCUGCCCUCUGGACUGGCAGCUUGACCCAAGAUGACUGUGCAGGGGAGAUGGGUGGAAGUUCCCUUGCUCCCAAGGGUGGUGGGCCCCCUUGCAGCCUCAGAGCCCCUUGCUAGCCUUUCCCACAGGCCCACCCACCUGUGCUGUGCGCCCCCAGAGCCCUUGCCCUUUGCCAUUAGCACUCUAGGAAUGGUAACCCCGUGGACAGGCAGGCACAGGUGAGGCGUCCAGGGCCCAGCCAGCUCUAGCAUCCAUGGGUCUGCCUUCCUGCCUGCCUACCUACAGGUUCCUGCCUGGCAGUGCUGCCGAGAGGCUGAGUGCUGCCAACACUUUGUUGGGGCCAUUGCCUCCUGCUGUUUCCAUCUGCUGUUCCCCAGGGCUCUUCUGCAGCCACAAAAGGCAGGCCAGGGGCUUCCUGUGGCUCCCCAAAGGCCAAAGCCUGGGGCCUAUCAUGCCGUGGUGGAUGCUGGCUGGGUUGUCCUGUCUACGCUGGCAGCCUGGGGCACAGAGGGUGCCAGGCUGUGCACUGGGCACCUUGGGCUGAGGCCCUGUGACAUGGACAGUUGGCCAAGCCUGGCCCCAGGUGGUUGAGGAAAGAGCGUUGACCCUGGCUGUCCAGCCAUGCUCUUGGCCUUGGGACUUUGUAAAACAUUGUCCCAAGUGAGGGACCCACACCACCACCCACAGUGAGGGUGGGGCCCAGGGGAGAGGCGAGGGUUGGCAGGAGAGGGACAAGGGGACCCUAAGAUGCAGAGGAAAGGCCUGGGUGGUGUGGGCCUGCCCUGUGUUACCUUCCCUUCCCCAUCUCUGCCAAGCUUCUGCCUGCAUCCCGGGCCAGCCUCACCACCACCACCAUUUCCCCCCAAAAGCAAGACCACCUUUCUUCACGGUCACUAUUUAUUCUUCGUUCCUUUUUUCUUUUUAUAAGAAACAGUCACAAAACCAGUGCAAAACCA